UUUCUGUAUCAAUGGAGUAUAUAUUUGUAGAGAGAGAGAGGGGAUGGGGGGGGAGAGAAAAUGCAAGAAUGCAAGGACUAAAAGUAGACUACUGGUGCAACAGUAUUCAUUCUCCCAUCUACUUGCCAUAACCCUUUAGUUGUUCGAUUCAGGAGCUUGAUCAGAGAGAGAGAGAAUCCAGAUAUUUUGUUUUUGGUGAUCAUUGCUGGCUGGCACACCAGAUAAUGUAUGGUUGCAGCCGUGAAGAAGAGAGAGGAAAGAGGAGAGAGAGAUAGAGAAGAAAAUGGGCCCUCAAAAAGGCUGCAAUGAGAAAUGAGUGGAACUGCAGCAGCAAAGAGUACUACUACUACAAAACUACACAUAAUGCUCUUCUCCUCUUAAUUUUUUUUUCUCUCUCUCUCUUGUUCAUUUAAUCCCUCUGCAGAGAUGCCCAUUUUUUCUUGCUUUUGAGAAUGCAUUUUGUACUUGCAAAUUCUAUGACCCUUUGUGUUUUAAGCCUUGAAAAAACGAUAAUGAUAAUACCUUGCGGUUUCACGACUCUCUUGUAAGAAAAAAGCAAGUGUCUUUUUUCUUCUCUUUCAAGAGGAGAGAGAGAGAGAUCAUGGUGUAAGAAGAGAGAUCAUGAUUCUUGAUGGGUUUUGUCUGAAACUCUGAAAUUCACCAGUUUCUUGAAAUUUGGAUUUCUUGAAAUCCCACUUUUUUUUUCCCCUUCUUUCUUCUUCAUGCAAGCAAAAACAGCUCACUUUUUUCUGCAGUUUUUGGGCCUCUUUUUAUUCUUUGCUGCAUUGCUUUUUUAUUCUUUUUUUCCAUAGUUAUUUUAGCUUAUUUUACUACCUUAAUCUUUCUCGUAAAAAGGUAAAAGGGUGAAAAAAAAAGCUCUCAACUUUAAAGAUUUUCAGGUGUUCUUUUUCUUUUUGUUUUUUAAAUUCUGGCUUUCUGAGUUUAUACACUGUUUGUGGAAGGAACUGAUCAGUAUAGAAAUCAAACUUCAAAGCUUCCACUUUUAUGUUUGUUUCUUUACAGCCACUGAAAACUAACGAACAUAUAUUUCUCUGAAAAUCUUAUAUUGUUUUAGCAAACACACAGUGCUCAUCUGUUCUUGCAAGAAAUUCCUUCUUCGAAGAUAACAAGUGGCCGUUUCAAUAUGCAAACAGAUGAAACUCUUGGAGAUCAUAUACUCAACGGAUUCGUGCUGCCUCCGACUCACUUAGUCGGAGACGCCAUGAACAAGUUUGCUGGCCAGCUAACGAGUCGAGUUGCCACAGCUAGCGAUGCUUUCUGUGGCAAUAUCCAAUCAGUAAACGGGGCCGUGAGCUUCUCCUCAUUCCCCCAAAUUAACCUGUUUGAAGGGGCUGAUCGGUUUCUGGAGGCCAUUCCUCUCCCUAAUGCAUCCAUUGGCACCUUCCCUUAUGCCUCAAUUGAGAAUCAUCAAGAAAACACGAGACAUAGCGCUGCCAUGAACGGCCUAGAUGUCGUUAGUCCCUCGCUCGAGACAAUGCUCCAUGGCUACGGAGGCCUACCCUUCCCUCCUGAGCUCAUUGGGAGGGUGGUUGGAAGGGCUAGCCUUCCACCACCGGGCCAACCAGCUCGUAGCUGCCACUCGAGGGAAUGGCCAGUGAUGGAGCAAGUAGGCUUCGGCUCCCACAGUCACGAGUCGUCUCAGUAUAGUAACGAGCUGUCUCUGAGCCUCGUGACAUCACGGCCAUCCGCUCUACACGGGCACUCUACACCGCAGGAGCAAUGCUCGGAGAUGAGCUGCUCCAAUGGUGUGACUAGCUGCUACUCAUUGCCCGAGCAUACUUCUUGCAGCAGCAAGAACCCCUCGUCGGGAUUCAAGCCGCUCCAACUCCCACCGAUGCUGUCGGGAUCAAGGUUCCUCGAGGCCAUGCAAGAAAUACUUGCUGAAAUCGCUUGCUAUGCACUAGAGAGCAAUGAAGAUGUUGGAGCGAACGUCUCAUUUUCUUCAAUCGGAUCCUCCAACGGGAUUGAAGGGGAUCACAUGUUCGUGUUUCAAAAGCAAGAGACAACCCUAGAAGCAAAGAGAAAGCAUCUCCUAGCUCUACUGCAAAUGGUUGAUGAUCAGUAUAGUCAAUGCCUAGACGAGAUCCACACGGUCACCUCUGCAUUCCAUGCUGUGACGGAGCUAGAACCUAAUCUGCACGCUCGUUUUGUUCUCCCCACAAUCUCAUUUAUGUACAAGAGCCUCCGGGAGAGGAUCAGCAGCCACAUUCUUGCAAUCGGAGCUCAUCUCAAAGAGGGAGAAACACGAGAGAACAAGUCAUUUGAGGCAUGCUUCAUCCAGAAGCAGUGGGCUCUGCAGCAGCUAAGCAAGAGAGAUCAUCAACUAUGGAGGCCUCAACGAGGCCUCCCCGAAACAUCUGUGUCCGUUUUGAGGACAUGGAUGUUUCAGAAUUUCCUACACCCGUAUCCUAAGGACUCGGAGAAGCACUUGUUAGCUUUGAAAAGUGGCCUGACUAGGAAUCAGGUGUCGAACUGGUUUAUAAACGCUCGUGUCCGACUAUGGAAGCCGAUGAUCGAGGAAAUGUGUGCAGAAAUGAACAGAAGAAAAGCUCGGAAGGAAGAUGAAGAAAUGGAAGGCAAUCACAGAAACCAAAUGCGCUUUGAAACUAGGAGAUUUACAAGAGAUUGAUAAAGAAGGUAUAUAUAUAUAUGUAUGUAUUUAAUCAUGCGUUUCUAGUCACAAUGCUUUGAGCAUUUCUUCAUUUAUAUUCAGUGUAUUAUAGUAUAGUAUGGAGAGAUAUCAUUACAACUGUAUAUUGAAACUCCAAAUUGGGAUCUAAGUAGAAAUCAAGAAAAUUAGAUAUUUGGAAGUGUUUUGCAUAA